AAAUCAAAGGGGUGCUCUUUCGUCUCUGUGUCUUUGAGCUGAUGAACAGAAACGAAAUCGAGCUGGAUGUCUUGGGUGGUCUCUGAAUCUGAUCCAAAGCUUAAGACUUUGUUUGGUUUCAAGUGAAAAUCGGAGAUGGGUUUGAGUCAGUACUUGAGCUCAGUCGAUUGGGAGCAAGAAGCUUACCCACAAUACCAAGACUUCGCUGUUCUUCCUAUCUUCGUUUUGUUCUUCCCCAUCGUCAGAUUUCUUCUUGACCAGUUCGUCUUUGAGAAACUGGGGAAACGGAUAAUAUUUGGAAAGGGGCAUCGGCUACCGGAUGUUCAAACUGAUGACCAAAAGAGGAAGAUUAGAAAAUUCAAGGAAUCAGCAUGGAAGUGCAUCUACUUUCUUUCAGCAGAGUUGCUAGCUCUUUCUGUAACUUAUGAUGAGCCUUGGUUUACUAAUACAAAGUACUUUUGGGUCGGGCCAGGAGAUCAGAUUUGGCCUGACCAGAAGACAAAGUUGAAAUUGAAGUGGGUAUAUAUGUAUUGUGCUGGAUUUUACACAUACUCCAUAUUUGCUUUGAUUUUCUGGGAAACAAGGCGUUCCGACUUUGGAGUUUCAAUGGGCCAUCAUGUAGCAACUGUCAUUCUCAUUGUGCUGUCUUACAUUUUCAGGUUUGCCCGUGUAGGUUCAGUGGUUUUAGCUCUUCAUGAUGCGAGUGACGUGUUUCUGGAGGUAGGGAAGAUGUCCAAAUAUGGUGGUGCUGAAAGGAUUGCUAGCUUUUCAUUUAUUCUUUUUGUAUUGUCUUGGAUCAUACUGCGUCUCAUAUACUAUCCAUUCUGGAUCCUUUGGAGCACAAGCUAUGAAGUUAUCCUGACUUUGGACAAGGAAAAGCACGCUGUAGUGGGACCAAUAUAUUACUAUGUGUUCAAUACUCUUCUAUACUGCUUGCUUGUUCUUCACAUUUUCUGGUGGGUGUUAAUUUACCGUAUGCUUGUUAAACAAAUUCAAGCAAGAGGCCAGCUUAGUGAUGAUGUUCGAUCAGAUUCUGAAGCUGAAGAAGAUGACCACCAAGAUUGACCAGGAAAUAGAACUAUAGAGCCAGAGUAUCACCCUCUCUCCAACAUUGGAGCAUUUGUUGGGUUUCCCCAAGAGAGAAACCACAAUCUCACUUGUACUUAUUGAACAAUGAUCACAGCUCACGCGUUGUAGGUUCAGCUGGAGUCACGAACAUCCCAUUUUUCUUGUACCAUAAACAUUUGAGGCCGCUGUUUAAGGAAAAAGUAAACGCCGCCGUCUCAAAUGAUGUUCUUUUCACCGUUUCCCUCUGCUAGUUAGACUAAGAAAAAGCUGUUUCAUGAGAUAUGAAUCCUGCAGAUGAGGAACAUCUUUCAUUUUACACUGAUGUAUUACAUGGACAGUGAAAAGAUUUUUAACUGCCUCUUGAAGUUUUGAUAUAUGAAAUGGAGCAGAGAAUUUUCAUUCUU